GCAGAGGAACUGGAAGGGAAUUGCUAUUGCGCUGCUGGUGAUUCUAGUUGUUUGUUCACUCAUCACUAUGUCUGUCAUUCUUUUAACCCCAGAUGAACUCGCAAACUCAUCAGAAACCAGAUUGUCCUUGGAAGAUCUCUUCAGAAAAGAGUUCAUAGUGCAUAAUCCAGAAGCCAAAUGGAUUAAUGAUACAACAGUGGUGUAUAAAACCAGGAAUGGACAUGUUGUUGAACUGAAUGUAGAAACAAAUACAACUACAUUAUUAUUGGAAAAUACAACUUUUGUAACAUUCAAAGCAUCCAGAUACUCAGUUUCACCAGACUUAAGAUUUGUUCUACUUGCAUAUGAUGUGAAACAGGUUUUUCAUUAUUCUUACACAGCAUCAUAUGUGAUUUAUAACAUACACACAAGGGAAGUUUGGGAGUUAAACCCUCCAGAAGUAGAGGAUUCAGUUUUACAGUAUGCAGCCUGGGGCAUCCAAGGACAGCAACUGAUUUAUAUUUUUGAAAAUAACAUCUACUAUCAGCCUGAUGUAAGGAGUAGCUCAUUGCGCCUGACAUCUUCAGGAAAAGAAGGAAUUAUUUUUAAUGGAAUUGCAGACUGGUUAUAUGAAGAAGAACUCCUUCAUUCUCAUGUUGCCCACUGGUGGUCUCCAGAUGGUGAGAGAUUGGCCUUCCUCACCAUAAACGAUUCUCUGGUGCCAAACAUGGUUAUUCCCAGGUUUACUGGAGGCCUUUAUCCAAAAGGAAAACAUUAUCCAUACCCUAAGGCAGGUCAAACAAACCCAACAGUAAAGCUGUUUGUAGUUAAUCUGUAUGGACCAGCACAUACACUGGAACUGAUGCCACCUGACAACUUUAAAUCAAGAGAAUAUUACAUCACUAUGGUGAAAUGGGUAAGCAACACCAAGGCUGUGGUGAGGUGGUUAAACAGACCUCAGAAUAUCUCCAUCCUUACACUUUGUGAAACCACAACUGGGGCUUGCAGCAAGAAAUAUGAAAUGCAGUCAGACCUGUGGCUUCCUAAGCAGAAUGAAGAACCAGUUUUCUCCAAGGAUGGCAGCAAGUUCUUCAUGACUGUCCCAGUGAAGCAGGGAGGCCGGGGUGAAUUUCACCACAUAGCCAUGUUUACUGUUCAGGCUAAAAGUGAACAAAUCAAUGUGAGACACCUCACAUCAGGAAACUGGGAAGUUAUCAAAAUCCUGGCGUAUGAUGAAAAUACUCAGAAGAUUUACUUCUUAAGCACUGAAGAAUCUGCAAGAGGAAGGCAGCUACAUAGCGUAUCAACAGCGGGAUCAUUGAAUCGUCAGUGUCUCUCAUGUAACUUCUGGAGAGAUCAGUGCACAUACUUCAGUGCAAAGUUCAGCCCCAUGAACAGGCAUUUUUUACUGCACUGUAAAGGGCCAGGAGUUCCAGUUGUUAGCGUUCACAGUACAAGUAAUACUGCAAAGUUUUACAUUUUGGAAAAUAAUGCUGUGUUGAAAGAAGCUGCUUUUAAGAAGAAGAAUUCCAGGACUGAAAUUAAAAUGCUUCACAUUGAGGAUUACGAACUCCCUUUACAGUUGUCUCUGCCAAGAGAUUUCACGGAUCGAAACCAGUAUGCCCUUCUAUUAAUAAUUGAUGAAGCUCCAGGCAGCCAGUUGGUUACAGAUAAGUUUCACAUUGACUGGGACUCAGUGCUUGUCAACUCUGAUAAUGUCAUCGUAGCUCGAUUUGAUGGCAGAGGGAGUGGAUUUCAAGGCCUUAAGAUUCUCCAGGAAGUCCACCGGAGCUUAGGAUCAGUGGAAGUGAAGGACCAAAUAGCAGCCGUAGAAUCACUACUGAAACAGCCCUUCAUUGAUCCUAAGAGGCUGAGUAUAUUUGGAAAGGGAUAUGGUGGCUACAUUGCAGCAAUGAUCCUGAAGUCCAGUGAAAGGCUCUUCAAGUGUGGAGCUGUGGUGGCACCAAUUACAGAUAUGAAGUUGUAUGCAUCAGCUUUUUCAGAAAGAUACCUUGGUAUCCCAUCAAGAGAGGAAAAUACCUAUCAGGCAUCCAACGUAUUACACAAUCUUCAUGGUUUAAAAGAAGCAAAUUUGCUAAUCAUUCAUGGGACAGCUGACACUAAAGUCCACUUCCAGCACACAGCAGAACUAAUUAAACAUCUAAUAAAAGCUGGAGUUAAUUACACUAUGCAGAUCUACCCAGAUGAAGGUCAUAACAUUGCUUCUGAGAAAAGCAAAUAUCACCUUUACAGCACAAUCCUUGGGUUUUUUAGUGCUUGUUUAAAGGAGGAAGCACCCAUUUUACCACAGGAACCUGAAGAGGAUGAAUAA